AAGCACUUUUGCCCUGUGCGUCCUGACCAGCAGAAGCCGCUUCACACCUUUCCUGCAGGCGUGAAAGUCUGUUUGUCUUUUGUAAACAACUUUUAGUACAUCAUCCGCAACAGCACGGGUGUUUUAAUUAAGCUUGAAGGACAAAUCAUUUCUAUUCACAGGUCUGAGCAGAACUGUGAGAACAGUUCUGCCAAGCUGAGCUUUGAAGUGUUCCGUGGACUGCAGAGGUUUGAAACUGGAGGAGAGGAACCAGUGAGGCACAACAAAGGACAGAGGGGAAACAGAACACUCAGGAGAGGAUAAAAGAGAUGCGAAAAGCAUUCAGAAUACUCUCACACGUAAAUAUGGUAUUGAAAAAAAAAACAAUGUUGGUCAAAGUGUGUAGAGAGAGAAAAGGGGAUGAGAGCCCCGUGCGCUCUGGGAACCAUCCGGACAAGGAGUGAAAGACGGAUAUUCCCUGCCCCAGGACACACCCUCAUGCUCUCUCUCUCCCUCUCAUUGUUUCCCACAGUGACUCCGUGGCCGCCAGCCUUCGUAUCGGGUUUACAAAUGACCAGCCAGCCGCUCCAAUGACAAGAACACAAAAGUGAAAUCAUUCCGCCGGGGAGAAGCAACUUUGGUCGCUGCUUUGGUCACACACUCAUCAAGAAAUAGGAUUCAUACGAUUGUCCCCUCUCCAUAUUAUCUCUGAGAGUGGAUUAAGCUUUGAGAGAGACAGGAGAUGAAGAGAGAGUAUCAGCUAAUUGGGAUGUGAGUUCAAGUCAAGUGAGCCGGCAGAUUGGACCCGUAAAGCCUCUUAAGGCAGGUGGUGGUGGGAGGAAUACACCAAGGGGAGUGUGUGUUUGUGAGAAGCGUGCGUUUGUGUGCAUGUGUCAUUCCCAGAGGAAACCUGCCUUGGUCACAGCAGCAAGGGAGGGGUUGAUCAGGUGUGCGCGCGAGCGUGUGUAGGUGGGUUGAUUGCAGGGAGAGAUCCAAGCUGAGACAGAGUUAUGGUUUCUCCGGUCUGGACGCGAUGAAGUGGCUUUGCGGGAGUUUCAGGGUUUAAGACCGGCGAGGAAGAGGAGAGCUGGGCGGACGGAGGACACUGGAAGAGAGGAGUAGGAGGAGGGGGGACACCACCGCCACCAAAGCGCACAGCACGGUCCCCAGUCCCUUGAUGCAGGGAUGGAGAGCUCACGGGUGCACGGGAUAACUCGGAAGAAUCUGAGGAGCAGAGGUGAAAAGCUCAACGGGAAGCCAGACAUGAGAGCCGGGCGACACCAGGGACACUUCCACCUGCCGCGGACUGUGAUUUUUUUCGUCGCGCUCACGGUGCAAACGCAGGCUGUCUGUGCGGUUGGGAUGUUUGAGCUUCAGAUCCGACACUUUCAGAACCCACAUGGACGUCUGCAAACAGGAGAAUGCUGUGAUCUCCAGGCCAGCGGAGCACAGCACUGCUCUGCCAGGGACCAGUGUGACACUUUCUUCCAGGCCUGCCUCAAGGAGUACCAGGCCCGGGUCGCCCCAACUGGAGCCUGCACCUUUGGUACCGGCAGUACGGGUGUCCUGGGUGGAAACUCCCAGUUGUUCCACCACAGAGGACACGACAGGGGGGGAGGAGGAGAGGACGGGAGUAAUGGACACAUUGUCAUUCCUUUCCAGUACGCCUGGCCGAAGUCGUUCUCUCUGGUGUUGGAGGCUCUGGAUUAUGACAAUGACACAUCGAGUUCAGUCGAAGGUCAGUUGAUCGAGCGAAUCCUGCUCUCCUCCAUGCUGAACCCCGGUGAACAGUGGCAGACUUACCGUUACCACGGACGCUCUUUCAGCCUGGAGUACCGACUUCGUUUCCGCUGUCACUCCAACUACUACGGACCCUUCUGCAACAAGUUCUGCCGAGCCCGCGAUGACUUCGUCGGCCACUUCAGCUGCGACCAAAGCGGCUCCAAGGUCUGCAUGGAGGGCUGGACGGGGCCAGAGUGCAAAAUAGCGGUGUGCAGGCAGGGCUGUCAUCAAACCCACGGCUCUUGCGAUGUACCUGGAGAAUGCAAGUGUCAAUAUGGCUGGAAGGGUCAGCUGUGCGACCAGUGUAUUACGUUCCCAGGCUGUGUGUAUGGGAGCUGCACUGAACCUUGGCAGUGUGUGUGCGACGUCAACUGGGGAGGACUGCUGUGUGACAAAGAUCUAAACUACUGUGGCACCCAUCAGCCCUGUAAAAACGGCGGGACCUGUACGAACACAGAGCCCAACGAGUAUCAGUGUGAGUGCCAGGAAGGCUUCAGAGGACGCAACUGUGACAUCGUGGAACACGCGUGCUUGUCUUCCCCGUGUAUGAACGGCGCGACCUGUGUGGAAGACCAAACAGGGUUCAGCUGCAUCUGUAGCGAAGGCUGGACUGGACACACCUGCACAGAUGCUGUGAAGCAGUGUGAUCGCAGCCCCUGUGGCCAUGGAGCAACGUGUGAAGAAGCUCCUGGAGGUUAUCGCUGCCUCUGUCCACCUGGAUGGACCGGCAGGACGUGCCAGCUGGACAACAAUGAAUGUGAGUCAAGUAUCUGCAUCCACGCCCGCUCUUGUCGCAACCUGAUCGGAAGUUACCUGUGUGACUGCCUUCCUGGAUGGACGGGGCCUAACUGUGACAUCAGGAACAGCAGCUGUCAGGGUUUGUGUUUGAAUGGUGGACGUUGUGAGGACCAGGUGUCAGGGUCCAGAUGUGUGUGUCCACCUGGAUUCUCUGGAAAACACUGCCAAAAUCGCCAACGUCUGUGUGAUAGUGCCCCCUGUCUGCACGGAGGGCAGUGUGUGGAGAAGGAUGAAAGAACAGUCACCUGCAACUGCCCCACUGGAUAUUCUGGAAACUUCUGUGAGGUCGUGUUGGACUUGUGCAAUCCCAACCCCUGUCAACAAGGCCUGCAGUGUCACAUAAUAGAUGGCAGGAACACAUGCAUCUGUCCUGACGGUAACUAUGGUGACGAGUGCAUGAGCCUCAAAAAUCCCUGCAUUGGUCACCACUGUCAAGGCGCCAUGUCUGACUCAGCACACGGGGGCCUGAGCUUCUACAUGAUCCUGGUGGGAGUCUUAGCUCUGCUGACGGUCUGUGGCUGUGCCUCCUGCGCCUUCAUCCUGUCCCACCUCCAUCGGAAGCGGAAAAAGCAGCAGGCUGUCCCGCAGGAAGAAGGCAUCAACAACCAGAGGGAGUUUGUCAACCUCAUCAGAAACGUGGACCGUCCGGUGCCCCAGCUGCCCGCUGCCGCCCCUCUCACAAACCCUCCAGCCCCUGCCCCCAUCUCACGUUGCUACGAGGAGAUUGAACUGACCCUACCACCCUCCCCGGCCCCUUCACACCCUUCCCCAGCACUAAAGCCAGCACAUGCUGCCAAACUGGACAUUUCAAACCAGGAGAGGGAGAAGUUGAACCGCCUCCACUAUGCAGAUAACCAAGAGCUGGAGGUCUGACCCCAUGCUGACCUUUUAAAGCCCUGAGGAGCUGUUUUUUAAAUUUACUUUGCGUCCUUAGCACUCUUUUGCUCACAGGACCCCGUCUCCAGUUACUUGCACUGUGUCGAUGUUGCAGAUAUAAAAAUUAAAGGUGACCCUCUGACCUUUAUAAACACAGAUGUCUGUGCUCAGACACCAGAGGAACAAAGGCUGCUAAGCGGAGGGGUCGAAAGAGCGUCGUCGCCAUCGUCUUUGGACCUUCUUAACGGCCAUGAAAAAGCAGCACAGGCAUAAAGUUGAGCUGAAAGACUCAACAGUAAACUGAAAACUUAAAGACUUACAGACUUGCCUUUGAGUGCCUGUGAAACUGUCAAGAGUAAACAGAGGAUCUUCCUCCAUUUGAGUCCCGAUACAUUUCCUGUUCGGUGUUGCCAUCUGACUGUUGUCCAAACCUCCACUGACAGAAAGGAUCAGUGAACAGAUGCCUAUUUAACAUUUUUUUUGUGUGUGUGGCUGUGUGUAAGUGUGUGUGAGAGUGAACAAAAGACUGGAUAUAGUUAGUUUUUGUGAGAGGGGAAACAUUUCACUCUGCUUAGAGUGAAAGUGCAUCCUCCUGAACCAAAGGCUUGCAAGCCUCCUGAGAACAUUUUUAAAACUAUACACUGAUGCCUGUUUUGUCAUGUAAUACUGCAGUUUGCCCGAGAUGUAUGGUUUUUAUCAUACUUGUGUGUAACAUGGUUGUUUUUGUACAUAAAUAAUAUUGUACAUAUUGAUGCCCUUUUUGUACUGUGAUUCAUUCUGGAAGUAUCACUGUAUUACUGUCCCCUGUUUUUCCCCCUAUACUUUCCAUUUGGAGCAACCAGCACAUGUGGAAUGUAAUAAAAGUGCAUUUACCAACUCUUUUAUACCUUUUAUUAAACACCAGGGUUUAGUUGUCCAAAAUAAUCCCUGUGAGCCAAAAGCUUAGGCUUCAGACAGCUCUAAACCCUCUGUUCCAGACAGUUUUUCCUUAGGUCUGAAUAAUGAGAGGAAGAGCAGACAACCCUAACAUGGUCAACUGCUGUUCAGCUCUUCUGUUUUUGAGGGGCAGCUAAUCAGAGGAAAGCUGGUAUAAAGAGGGAGGAGCUAAAGAUGACAAGAUAAAUGAUUUAGGACUGUGAAUAAUGUAAAGCUGUGCUAGUCGAUAAUAACGCCCCAGUCUCUGUAGAUCUGCUUUUGACCAUAACAGUAUAUGUAACAAAAGGCACCCAAGCUUAUUUUUAAGCUUCGGAAUAGCAACAUUAGUCUUAAAUUACUUAUAUUUGUUUAAGAGUUAUCAGUUCGUCUAGUUCCUUGUCUCCUUGUAUGCAUUUUUCAGAUGUCACAACCAAGCUUUCUGUUUAUAAAUCACUGACAGAGUCCCUUGAGAGGAUCUUUCAUGUUGGAGCACAGGCACAAUGACUAGGUCUGUAAGUCACCAUAUACACAAUGACUUUCACUAGUUUCCUUCUCUUUCUGAUGCUGUCGGCGCCUGGAAAAUAUUGGAGACCACCUGACUGACCCCAGUUUUCCUAAAAAAUAAAUGUGUGGCUGCAAAAAAAAAAAAAGUAAUAAUAAUAACAGUAAGUUUCAAGAGCAGUGGGUUUGUGCAAACUGCUGGUCAAAAGUAUUUAAAAUGCUGGAAACACUGGCAAAUAUUUACUUAAAGUUUC